AGCGCAUUGUUUACACACAGUUUACGGGCAGCUUCGCAAUGGAAAACGGCGCUCCGCCAAACUUGCUGCUCAUUUGUCGCUUUUGUCUGUGUCGGGACGAUAAUUGCUUGGUUCCUGUAAAAAUCCUCACAGAUUCUUCCAUCACCCUGGAGGAAAUAGAUCAUUUUACCGGCAUUUUGAUCGAUACAGAUGAAGAUUCCACCGUACGGGUGUGUGUUAAUUGUAUCAUCAAGCUGAAACAGUCUGCCGAGUUCCGGAAGGCAUGCAUUAGCAAGGAUGUGCUAUUCCAACAGCUGCACGUGCUCGUUGCCUCAACCGGCGAACCGGAGGUAGACACCCCAACUGACACUCCGGACAAUAUCGAUUCCGAUUCAGCGAAGCAACAGGUCAGCGACGAGCCGUACGAUGACAUCGGCAAUCUCGAGGAUGAAUCCAGCGAUUAUCUCGAAGAGGAAUUCAUUGUUGAGGUUAUCCAGCACGGAAAUGAGGAAUUGGAUAACGCAAAUGUCGUAUCGGAACUGCACGAAAAACAGCAAGAAGAGUUUAGUAUCGAUGAGCCUGUGACGGAAGAUACCGAUUUCUUCUACUCGGCCAACUACAUUGUUCCGGGCGAUCCGUCACUGUCAGACGAAAGCGAAAUUGGCGAAGAUGGUUGGUUCCACCGUGCGCAACCGACCGAUAGGCAAAUCCUUUCGCCCACUCCAGCCACACAGCGGGUAAAAGGUGUCAACGAGGAGCAAGUUUCAUCCCCCCGACCGACCGAACCACGGGCACGGACGAGACCGAAGAAAAAGCAACGAAAAUAUCUGUGCGACACGUGCGGUGUACUGAUCAACGAUCUGCCCCGACACACGCUGAACCAUUCCAAGCUUAUCAAACACGCCUGCCCCCACUGUCCGGUGGAGAUGGUGGAAUACUCGAACCUGCUGCGGCACAUCGAGGCAGUGCACGAGAAGAGGAUACGCAAAUCGUGCGAACUGUGUGGCAAAGGAUUUACGCACAAUAAUUCCCUCGUGUCGCACAUGGUCGUGCAUCAUGGCAUCGGUGACACGCACAAGUGCAAAGUGUGCCCGAAGGUGUUUCGGCACGCGAGCGGCUUGCGAGGGCAUGUGAAAAAGUGUCACAGCAAUGCGACCAAAUUUGAGUGCAGCUUAUGCGGUGCCUUUUUCUCCUCAAGGUAUGAUCUGAAGAAACACGGCCGAUCGCACUCGUCGGAGCGACCGUACGAGUGUAGCGAAUGUGGCAAACGUUUUAAAAGCCAGUAUGCGAGGCGAAUCCACGAACAAGCUCACAGUGGGCUCCUCUACGAGUGCGACGUCUGCCGUAAACCGUAUCGCUAUAAGGCUCUGAUGAGAAUGCAUAUGAAACGAACGCACCCGGAAGUGCUGGUAGAAAAUGAGGAUACGGUACCUGCCAGUAGCGCGUAUAUUGACGAAGAAUAUCUUAUCCCAAUAGCGGAAGCGCCAGACUUUUCGCUGGAGAUAGAGGAUGUAGCACGGUUCACCGGGAUAGACAUAAACGAGGACAACAAAACGGUGUACGCCAUGUGCUUGGAGUGUACGGAAAAUCUAAAACACACCGCCAUAUUCCGGGACACCUGCCUGGGCAAUGAUGCCCUCUUCCACGAGCUGUACGAUGCGAUGGUUUCCAGCGUGAAGGAAAUGUACGGCGAUACGAUUGAAUAUUUGGACAGCGAUUUCGAAGACUUUGCAGAGGAAGUGAAACCGGUGGAUACGGUUGAGGACGUUCCGAUGAAGAUUGAGAGUUUGACCAAAAUAGAGACUUUGGAGGAAAUUGAGAUUUUAGCGAGUCCACAGCAGAGACCAGAGCCGACCUUCAUUCAGCAGAAGCAUUGUCCGGUGGUACAACCACAGCUACCACAGGAGCAUUACCGUGCGUACAGUCCGCCAGCUGCUUCCUGCAUUAGCAAUGAUGAGUCGAUCGAGUAUGUGUUCGCCGACGACGACGAAAAUUUCGCCCACUCUGCCAACUACAUUGAAAUCGGUGAGCCAAUGUCCUAUGAUGACCUCUGGAUGGUAGACUAUAAUGAGCCGCCCCGCCGUAAACGUAAACAGCGCGUCAAAAAAGGAUCGUUCGUGAAGCGAACGGAAGGCAUCCCGGAACCGCUGGUGAACGAUGGGUACGAGAUGGAACCAAUUUUCGCACCAAUGCCGACACCGACGCCGAAGGAGGACGACUGCUGGUUAUUGCAGGAGCGCCCACGCGUCAAAAGGAAGCGACACCUCUGCGAUGAGUGUGGUGCCUUGACGAACCAUCUGAAAAGCCACGUCCGGUACCAUCGGGACGAAAGGUUGGAAGUGUGCCCGCACUGUCCGGCUACGUUCAGGCACGUGUCCAAUCUACGAGGCCACAUCCAGCAGAUACACGUCAAAAAGAUAUGCAAAACAUGUGAAAUAUGCGGCAAAGGCUUCAUCCAUCACAAAACGUACCGAUAUCAUAUGCUUAACCACGCGAACGAGGGCAAAAGGUUCGAAUGCAAGGACUGCGGGAAAUCGUUCAGCAAUGAAAUAUAUCUGCGCGACCAUUACAACAGGCUACACAAUAUCACGAAAACACUUCUCGCAAUCGGCAUGGCGAAAGCAGUGCGGGAAAUACACAAUAUCUGCCGAUUGUGUUUGUGCCAGGACGAGCAGCUGCUGAGACCAUUAACGAGUAAGCUGGACACCUUGCUUAAGAUAGAAGAUGUAGAACGAUUCACCGGAAUUAAGAUCAACGUAAAGGGAAACAUCUCAUACGCGAUCUGUUUCGCGUGCACACAGAAACUGACAGUGUCGGCCAAAUUUCGCCAAUGCUGCCUCAACAAUGAUGCCCUCUUUGAAGUGCUUUCCGGUGUACUGAUCGCUAGCACGGAGGGGUUACAAUCCGAAGAGGCUGUUGGUGAAAAAAGCGAUUCCCAGCAAACGAUCACCGAUGACGACGACGACGAUGACGAUUAUGAGUAUGAGCAAGUGUAUGAAGAGGAAGAUGAAUCGGUGUUCAAGCGCGCCGACGGUACGGGCCAGCAGGAGUACUCAUACACGCACCAGGAAGAGGAAAGUGAUAGCGAUACUUCGUACGUCGAGCCGGCCAACUACUCGGCGAACUACAUCGAUCCCGGCACACAGUCCGACAGCGAUGAGUGCGGCAACCCUGGUGCCGGGCCAAUCCUAUACAAAUGGUCAGUGGUCCAGCGGGCGGCAGCUGCGAGCACGGUCGAGCAUGACGACAGUUCAUCACAGGCGAGCGAAAUUUGUACGAUGCGCACGAGAAAGUCGUACAAACAGCAGCAGCUGUGUACCAUAUGCGGGAAGCUGGUGACCAGCCUGUCCGUGCACACCAACUCCGUGCACAAGCAGGCGCGGGUUCACGCCUGUCCGCACUGUCCGAUCGCCAUGACCAACAAAGGCAAUCUGGUCAAGCACGUGCGUGCGGUGCAUCUGAAGCUGCUCUGCGAACGGUGCAAACUGUGUGGCAAGGGUUACACGAAUAGGAAUUCGCUCAAAUCGCACAUGCUCGCCCAACACGGCAUCGGUGAGCGGGCAAAAUGUAAGCUGUGCCCAAAGCAGUUUAAUCAAAAAUCGGCCCUGCACGACCAUAUGAAGCGCAUUCACUCGAAUGUACGGCCCUUGGAGUGUGACAUCUGUGGCAAACAGUUCAAAGUGAGACGGGCGCUGCGAGUGCACAAGAGCGUCCACUCGGACGAGCAACCGUACGCGUGCGGCAAGUGUCCGAAGCGGUUCAAAAGUAGGCACGCGCGCAACAUCCACGAACGCACGCACAGCGGUGUGCUGUUUAAGUGUGACCUGUGUGGCAGAUCGUACCGCUACAAAUCGCUACUAAAUAUGCACCUGCGCAAGACGCACCCGGAGCUGGUGGCUGAGAAAGAGCAGGACGAGCAGCAGUUGGGCUAGGAAUGAUGGGUAAACCGAACAGAGAAAGAAAAAAAUAAAUGAGUCUAAAAUCGGAAAUCGCUUGCCCAAAACGUGCAGGUCGAAAUUGUAUACAAACGUCGUGGUGCUUUCAAACAGGAAACCGUUAUUACUAAUUUUCCUAUUGGAAAUAUCCAAAAGAACAGCAGCAACAGUACAAAUUAGUUUUUUGGUGAACGUGACUCGCAACUAAUCCGUCGCCUGUUUGCACACUACGCGGUUCGAUAACGUAUCAAAACAUUGAUAUAAUUGAUGGUCCUAAACUUCCCCCAUAUUUGUAU